AUGGAUCGAAACGGCAUUCCAAUCACCAUUGCCGGCGGGCCUGCCGCUGCAAACGGCGAAUGCAGUUCUCCGCCUACAUUCUAUGGGUAUCCGUAUGCCACUACUGCUGGGCCGGUAGCAACGCCAUCAGAAGUACCUGUUAGUCGAGCGUGGUGCGUUACCAUGGCUGAUGUUGAUGGGUUUGGGCAGCUGGUUGCGGUUGGGGCGGGGCCAGCGGAGUUGGAUGGGGAAUGUAGUAGUGUUUCUUCGAGUGCUGCUGUGGUUACGAGUGGUGGUUCUUCCAGUCAACGUGCGUGCAAGGCACGCGGUUCACAGACUGCAGUGGUGUAG